AUGUUCUUGCAGGAAGAUGCUGCCAAGACUGCUCACGAGCCCACUCCUAGGCCGGACGAGGGUACCAAAACAGCAGCGGAACCGACUCCCAAGCCUGACGAAGGCACGCUGACAGCAGUUCACCCGACUCCGAAACCUGAUGAGGGCACGCUGACAGCAGCUGAGCCUACUCCGAAACCAGAUGAGGGCACGUUAACGGCAGCUGAGCCGACUCCGAAACCGGACGAAGGCACGCUGACAGCAGUUCACCCGACUCCGAAACCUGAUGAGGGCACGUUAACGGCAGCUGAGCCGACUCCGAAACCGGAUGAAGGCACGCUGACAGCAGCUGAGCCGACUCCGAAACCAGUAAGAAUGAGUUUUUUUGAAAUGUUAUCUUCGAAGGCAUAG